GGUAGUUUAGUUUGUGUCUAAAAUGAGUGCACUAUAAAUAACCCUCAGAAUCAGAUGCCAUUGCCAUGAAACAAACACAUUCAUCUUUCUGCACUUCUGCUUGCUUGUUGCUUGUUGGUAGCCAUCGGAGGAAGCAAUCUCAAGUCACAGAAAUACAAGUUCCAUAACCCGAAUUAUUCCAGGUCUGGGAAAAAAAGUGAGGCUAAAAAAGAAAUGUUAGGCAUGUUCAAGGCUUCUCCUCAAAGGAAUACAAGAUGCAAAGACUUCAAGGUGAAAAAUGCUCUUCAAAUAUGUGUUCUAAUUGGUGUUUGUAUUUGGUUGGCUUAUCUAGCUCAACAUUCUCGUCAAGAAAAGGCAUCCUAUGGUGAAGACACAAAAUCAGGUAGUGACUCUAGUGAAGUUGUAAAGUUGGGGAGGAAAGAUCCUAAUAUUUAUGUGGAGCAAUCUUCUAUCAUAGACACAAAGCACAAGGAGGAAGAGAAUGAAGAAGAAAACAAGUAUGAAGAGCAAACCAAAACAGAUAAUAUUAAUGGUGUGGAAGAUGAGAUUCAAAUGCAAAAAAAUGAGCAAAAUAACAAUGAAGAGAAGUUAGAGCAUGGAAAUGAUCCAAUGAAUCAAGACAUUAAAGAAAGCAUUGUGGCCAACAAGGAAAUCGAAGAGAAUGAGCACAGGGACAACAUGGAGAGUGAAGACAACAAAAAUAAGGAGGGCAAUAAAAGUAGGGAGAUUAGUGAUGAAAAAAACGAGUCAGAAAAAGAAGAAACAAGAGAAACAGAGAAGGAUGAUAAAGAGAACGAAAAGAUCGACCAAAACAUAACUGAAGCAGAGGAGGAGCAUAAGGAGAGAAAUCACAAGCAAGAUAGUAAAGAUGGAAGCAAUGCAAUAGAAAACGAAAAAGGAAAGAAUGAUGAAAUUCAUGAAGUGGAUUUAUCUGAAGAUCCAAUUCAAGAUCAAGAUCGAAAAAAGAACAAUGAGGAUGUUAGAGAAGAAAGUUAUGCCUUUAAUGUUGUAGGUAUGAACAAAACAGAACAAUUUGGUCGAAGAGAAAAUAAUGAAUUUGAGUUGGAGUCUCAGGCAAAUGGUACUGAAGUAACUUAUCUUCAUCAGAAUGAGAUGGUUUUAAAUGAAACAAAAAAAACUACUCAAGUGACUAGUUAUAAUGUCACAACAACCAACCAAGGAAAGGGUAGUGAGAAUCAGGUAGAGAAAAAGAACGAUUCACAUAAGAGUUUUAAUGUAGAGUCAAAUGAGCAAGAACGUCAUAAUAAGCCUUCAAGUGAUGAUGCAGAAACUCUUCAGUCACAGAAUGAGACUAACACAACAACUAAUACAACUGAAAAACAAUUUGAAACAUCAGAAAACUCCAUAGUAAAGGACUCUAGUUUGCACAAUACAACACUAAGAAUGAAUUUUUCUAAUUCAAAUGUUGCAACGGAGCAUGUUGAUUCCACCUUAAUAAAUUCCUCAAGAACUUAUGAGAGAAACACAACUAAUGAAGAAGAUAAUGGCCAAGAAAAUGCUAAUGGCAACGAUCAUGAUGGGUUAGUUAGUGCUUCUAAUUCUUCUAUUCUUGAAGAGGAAGAUGCAUCCUCAAAGAAAAAUGAUGAUGUCGAACAGGUUGAGAAUGAGAACAUUAAUAUAAGAGAAAGUGAAGGUGAAGACAAAAAUGAAUUAGUUGAAUCACAAAAAGAGAAAGAAGAAUCAAUACAUUGAUUAGAGAUGACCAUUAACAACCCCAAAUUGAAUUACCAAGACAGUUCUUAUUUUACAAAUCAUUAGGAUGUGGAAUAAGUUUAGGAGCUUUGUCAGGAGCAAAAACAACAAUUAAUCAUAAUGAAGUUGAGGCCACAAAGUGAUACUAGUCAAUAAAUCAAUUGUAUCGUGAUUUUUUCUUUCUUUUAAUCUUACUCCAUUUCUUGUUUUUGUUGAGAAAUGUAUUGUACUUCAAUUGUAUGGUGUUCUUUGACUUCUUACAAUUUGUUGUUGCAAUAAUAAGAUUAUCCAAAAAAGACAUGAUAUAUCGAGUGAUAUAUAAGAAAUUUUGAUGAAUGAAUCAUUUUAUAUAUGAUUUAUUGGA